GAUAUUGUUCAAUGGAUGCAACAAAGUUCCUGCAAUGCACAAACGCAUGGUAAACCCACUAUAAAUAUACAAGUAAAUGAUUUAGGAGAUCAGAGCAAAAGACGGACCAAAACAUAAAGCAGACUAUGCAACGGGAAGAGUUGGGUUUUUACGAAAAGAGGGCGAUUGUUGGAGCAAUUAAUACUAAAGCCAUCAUAAAGGGAAGAGAGGAUGGAAGUGCCCUUCAGCAACGAGGAGGAAGGAGUUUUAAUGAUCGACUAAUGUGCUCGGUGACAGUAGAUACAGCGCCGGAGGUGAAGCUGGGGAUCGUCUCUGAUGAUGAGAUUCCAGACGUGGCAGCAACUGAAGAGGUCUGCGCCAUGGAGGUGUCCGCCGUUGACACAGAGAUGGAGGUGGCGGCUUCAGUUGUCUUAAAAAUUAAACACACGAAUGUAUGCUAUAAUGCAGGAAUUAACCUUUUGCUGCCUUAAAGAAUGA